AUCGAAGAAGAAAAUUCAAAACACUAACCUUUAAAUUAAUUUUUACAAUUACGAACUCUUCUUCGAGUUGAUAAUUUUUUUAUAUUUAUAAUUUCGAUUUUUUUAACAAAUAUUUUCCCUCAAAUAUUAUUAACCUUUUGAUGAAAAAUCAUCAAUGAACAAAGAAACUUUUAAAUCAUUAAUUAAAGAAAAAAUUUUUUCAUAAGCGUCGUCUACAAGUUCGAUAAAAAUUUUAAAAGUUAAAAAGACUUGAAAUCGAAAUCACGAUGUCCUGCGGAACCAAAAAAUGUUCCACCAAAACUUGUCGUUGCGCGUGCAAAUGGAACUGUAAUUGUUUAAUUCCACGGGCGAAAAAAACUUAUCCGGCUUUCGGUACCAGCGCAAAACGAGAUGUGAAAAUAGGGUUGCAUCCAAAAAUGUAUAAAGGUGUAGCAGUAUCACCAGCAGUAGGAUUGUACCAUCCUAAAUUUCCUUUUAAAUGCAAACAUCCGACUAUAAGUUGGAAGAGGCAGAUGGAAACCAAAGAAUUCUCAUCGACCAUGGGAGGAAGAUACGAGGGAAAAUUGAAGGAGCAAAGGGAACAGUUGAAAAUGGGUCGUGGUCCAGGAACCCACGAGAUCCUUCAAUGGCCCGACGACGUGCUGCAAAAACCCUGCAAGACAACGAAAAGAAACGUUGGAUUUGGCGGAAUUGUUCCUCUUUUCCAACCUUCUUGGCCGUCCCUCACUCCAGGACCAGGCGAAUGAU